UUGGGGGAAGGGAAACAGAGGUAAUUCCCAACUAGUCCUGAAUGCCUGAAUGGAUUUUGAUGAAAUUUGGUCUGGAGCAUCAUUGAGUGUAAAGAAAUUCUAAAGCUGUAUAAAGGGAGGAUGUGGCUCCCCUGGGGCCUGAUGGGGCAGGCCCCAAUAGACAAAAUUGAGGCAAAUACAUUACUCACAACCUGCAUUCAGACAACAUUGAAGACCUACCACUGAGUCACCAUGGCAACAUUUAUAACCAAUCAAACGCUAGAUACAGAGUUCAGUGCAGAUUCCACUGAAUGGUGUCCCCAUGGCAAUCACCUUGACAUCCUUUUGUGCGGGACUUACCAACUUGACACAUCUAAUUCAGAAUCAAAGACAUCUGAUGAUGAUGGCACUGCUUUACAACGAAGGCAGACAAGACAUGGCCGAUUAUACGUCCACAGGCUGACCGAUGGUCAACAGCUAACCACAGAGACAACACUGGACAUGCCAGGGAUUCUGGAUAUUAAAUGGUGCCCGACACCAUGUCCAGAGGGAUCCCUCAUGGCACUGGUCAACUCUGUGGGUCAGUUACGACUCUAUAGCAUGACUGACAGUGAGACUGGUGCUCCCGACCAAAAAGUUCAAAUGACAGAGGUCAUGACCUUUGACCUUGGAGAUGACUGUCUUGGCUUAUCACUUGAUUGGUCAAAUCGUGCAAACAAAGGAUCUCCAACACAUAUAUGUAGUUCCACUUCCACGGGUGAUAUCCACACACAUGCUGUAGAUGGUGGUGACCUUCGAUCUCUGACUACCUGGAAAGGUCACGAUUUUGAGGCUUGGAUUACUGCUUACAACUACUGGGACACAAAUCUCAUUUAUACAGGUGGUGAUGACAGCAAGUUGAAGGGCUGGGACCUGAGGAUAGAUCCAAAACAACCAGUUUUUGUUAACAAGAGACAUACAAUGGGUGUUACCAGUAUUCAGAGCUGUCCUAACAGAGAACAUCUACUCUGCACUGGCAGCUAUGAUGAAGAUUUGAUGGUAUGGGACACUCGUAAGAUGAGGUCCCCACUUGUGACGACACCUCUUGGCGGGGGGAUAUGGAGAGUAAAAUGGGAGCCCAUGUACGGACAGCACAUCCUCACUGCCACCAUGUACAACGGCUUCCAUAUUGUAGAUGCCAGCAACCUCACAGAGGAACCACUUCCAAUACUGUGUCACUAUGAUAAACAUACAUCUCUGGCAUAUGGAGCUGAUUGGUGCUAUAUGGAUCCCUCUUCUGGCUCCCAUCAGGCCUCAGGGGAGGACCAGCUGGAUAAAAGGACUUUUCUGUCCCCUCAGGGACUACAGAAAAUGAACAAGGAGAACAGACAACUAAAGAUCCUGUAAACAAGGACUGCCUAAAAUCUGUGGCAACAUGCUCGUUUUAUGAUCAUGUGCUUCAUCUAUGGCAAAUCAGACUGGAUUCUAAAUGCUGAUAGAUUCUAUUUACUAGGUAUAUGUAUAUGGGAAUUCUGAUUAAUAAAAUAG